UCUGGAUGCGAUCUGUACUGCGCUGCGAGUGUGUGAGCCGAGACGCGCAGGUCGCACAGCUGCACCUUAGGAGAAGGUGGAGAUCCAUUUCUCCUGGAUAAGCGGAGACCGGCGGUGUGUGUGUGCUGCAAACCCCCACGAGCUGAUUAAAGAGGAGAGAACAAGGGGAGAGGAAAGUUCCGGAUACCACACACACACACACACACACACACACACACACACACACACACACUCAAUCUCUCUCUCUAUCACACACACACACACACACACACACACACACACACUCUCUCUCUCUCUCUCUCUCACUCUCUCUCUCUCUCUUACACACACACACACACACACACACCCUCUUUCUCUCUCUCUCUCUCUCUCUCUCUCUCACACACACACACCCUCUCUCUCUCUCUCUCUCUCUCUCUCACACACACACACACACACACACCCCCUCUCUCUCUUUCUCUCUCUCUCUCUCUCUCUCUCUCUCUCACACACACACACACACACACACACACACACGCGGGCGCGCGCCCGCACACACACUUGUGUGCGUAAAGCCAGCCACGAAUACUUAUAACGGAACCGGACUACUAACACAAUAAACGCGACCCCCCCUCUCCCCCCCUCCUAAAAAAAAAUAAAAAUAUGCCGGAACGUGUGAGCAUCGAAGCUGGACUUUUCAAGGAUCUGAAGUGCUAGUACUUGAAUUAUGUCAUCCCGGUGUCUUCAGUCCGUCCCGGUCUUCCGUGAACACUGCUGAAUAACGCGCUGUAAACUGCUAUAGCGGAGUGAGCCAGGGCAGCGCGAGCGGCCGUGACUAUGGGACACUGAUAGAAAGGCGCGCGUCGUCUGUUCUGGGUGCGAGAAGAGUUGUGCAGUUCUGUGAAACAUGGCAGCGGCGAUCGCGAGCGGGUUGAUCCGGCAGAAGCGGCAGGCGCGGGAGCAGCAUCUAGACCGACCCUCCACUAACCGGAGGAGGAAGAGCCCGAACAAGAGCAAAGGACUCUGUAACGGAAACCUCGUCGACAUCUUCGCCAAAGUACGAAUUUUCGGCCUCAGGAAGCGGAGACUACGGCGUCAAGAUCCCCAGCUCAAGGGCAUAGUGACCAGGUUAUAUUGCAGGCAGGGAUACUACUUGCAAAUGAACGCGGAUGGAUCUCUUGAUGGGACCAAGGAUGACAGCAGUAAUUCUUCGUUGUUCAAUCUCAUACCUGUGGGCCUCCGAGUUGUUGCUAUUCAGUCCGUGAAGACAGGGUUAUACAUCGCCAUGAAUGGAGAAGGCCAUCUGUACACAUCAGAACUCUUUACAGCCGAAUGCAAGUUCAAAGAGUCAGUGUUCGAGAACUACUAUGUGAUCUACUCGUCCAUGUUGUACAGGCAGCAGGAGUCAGGGAGAGCCUGGUUUCUGGGUCUCAAUAAAGAGGGCCAGGCAAUGAAAGGCAACCGAGUGAAGAAAACCAAACCAGCUGCUCACUUCCUGCCCAAGCCAUUAGAAGUCGCAAUGUACCGAGAGCCAUCAUUGCACGAUGUGGGAGAGACCUUACCCAAAACCGCUGCACCUCCUGCUAAAAGCACAAGCGAGCCGGUCGUGAUGAACGGAGGCAAGCCCGUCAGCAAGGAGGCGAGCAAGCCCAGCACAUAGCCCAGCCUCGGCUCAGAGAGAGAAAGAUGCUCUCCUUCUCUCUUCUACGGACCUGGUCCAGACGAGCCCCUCUCCUCCUCUCCUCCUUUUCUGCUCUCCUCUGACUUUCUCCAUCCACUUGGCAAAAAUCGAUUGCAGAAGUGUGACCAAGCGUAGCGACGAGGAGGAUUCGACUGGACGAAUCAGCUCAGCCCGCACCAUGGAAUGCCUCAGCCGCCUCCCCUCAGCCUCACCCUCAUCCUCACCCCCGACUCUCCCCCAGCCUGCACAUACAAUACCGCGACCCAUUUUUCCGUGACUGCGACAAUCCACGAGAACGAAGAGUGGAACGGCGGCCGUGGGGGGUGGGGGUGGGGGGGGGCGUCGAGCAGCGGCCAUCUUUGUCCCGCCGAUGGUCACCCGUGACUACUUUUUUGAGCCCUGUAUCAGAAGCGUCUAAUCCAGAUCUAUUUUCUAUACACAGUGAACACCAGCUAUGCUCUGGGGAAGGACUGACUUGCAAGAAAACAGGACUGUCGUCCUCGAAAUGUUUUUAUAGAGUUUCUUCCCGUGUCUCCUGCUCAGUCUUGCUUUCUCUCUCUUUUGCGUUCUCUUUCAUUGGUCAAACUCGCACUCUUUUCUCUUUGUCCAGUGCUAGAGAAAACAUUUGCAGGGGCUACGUGUGAUUUUUCUAACAACCCGAACAAUCCAUCUAUGUGAACACGUCCAGUACACUUACACACACACACACACACACACACACACACACACAUUACUUGUGUAGGACUGAAGUGCCAGUGGUGGCUCUCAUGCAGGAUAAUUCAGGAGGACUGGAGUCACCACAAAGCCUAUAGAAAUGCGAAUUAGCUUAGGCUCAACACUGUUUCUCUUUCUCGAUCGAGUGUACAGAAAGAGACACUGGAAGCUGAUUACUCACUUACCCACAACUCCACAUUGCCCUCCUGCAGUCAGUGCACCUGAAUGCACGGAGGUGCCUGAUGCAUACGUGUCCACAUAUCUCAUAUCUUCACCAAGCCGGCAUAUAGAGGAAGCCAAAUUCUAUUUUUCUUUACAGAUAGCUUAGAGCGCACGCUCUAGGAACAUAUAUAGGCCUUGUAGGCCUCAGGUCAAGGCACUCCCCUCAUGCUGAACUGUCAGCUGAUCCUGGUGUUCACUUAAUGGGCCUUUUUGUUCCGCAAAAGCAUGGGCAAGGUUAGUAUUGUGUUCUGUUCAUGGCGUAUGAUGCAAAUCAAGAAAUGGCUUCACUGUAUGAAAAAAUUAUUAUUAUUAUUAUUAUUAUUAUGAUUAUUUUUGAAAAAAAAAAAAAAAAAAAAAAGCUUUACAAAUAGACGUUUAACGACUAGCUAAUCAUAAUUAAAUAAGGAGAGUUUUCUUUCCUAGCUCAGCAUGCAGAGUCCAGUACUGCUCAUAUUGGCCUAUUGUGUGCCUGUGAUGACCUCUAACCCAGCAUGCAAAAACAUGUACCCAGUCUGUGCUGGGUUAAAGGUGCCUCAUGCCCCCAAGAAACACACACACACACACACGCACACACACACACAAAGAGUGGCUUAGUCAAUCUAUAAACACUCGUCUCACUUGCUAUUCUUUUGUAAUGAUCUUGAUUGUUGAAUGAUUUUACCAAAGUCGAUCGAUCCAUCCGAGAAUCCAGACCCACUGGAUGCAGUGCAGUGCAGUGGGCAGCACUAAAACCUCACCCACUCUGUCCAGUUUUGCUUCGUUGCUCACUGUGACAAAUAUUCACCCUCACACCAGAAUAAACUUUGCCUUUUUGAGUAAAUCCUGGAUGGGUGGGAUUGUAGUCAUUAGAGUAUACAGUCCAUUCCAACCAGACACGUGGGGUACCGAUCAGUUAAUCACCUGCAUGCUUUUCCUUAAGGACCAAAAACGCAAAAAAAAAGAAAAAAGAAAAGGGAAAGGUACGACGGAUCAUUAGACUGUUUACUGUAGGUCAGCACUGAAUGGGCAUGUUCUUCAAACGUUAUUCUCUCAUCCUACUUUCUCCGCCUCGAACUCAUAGCACUUUUCGAUCCGGAGUCAUCAUUUACUCACGACUUUUAGCGAACGAUCGAGGAUUUUCUGAAUCUCUGGGUCAGAUUUGAUAUUAAGCCUGUCUUGCUUUAAUAACUCUCCUAGUUUAACGAAUACGAUUUAGAAUGUUAUUAUUAUGUAGACUGAAGCUGGGCUGCUAAAUUGCAAAUAUAUCCAAGGCUUCAUUUGAAGACCUGUAUUUUCUGGAAUUUAUUGGGAUUAUGAGCUACUUUCUAUAUUAGGAUGUAUCGAAGCACAUUAGUUCGACUCGCGUAUUUGUACGACGCUGUGUUGCUAGAAUGACAUGCGGUGCCGUAGACCGAGGGAGCGUAGAGCGUACGAGUUGAGUUGAGAGCAGCUGUCCGACUUCCACAGCCUCCACAACACACACACACACACACACACCCACACACACUGAUCAUUCUCUCAGAUCUCAGAUGAACUCUACAUGCUGGGCUAACCUGCCCUUCAAACCAGUUGACUAGUCCUACGAAGGCUGAAUUUAUUUUUGUAAAUGACUGGUGAGUAAAUGUACAGUACAUCUGUUUGUCAGUCUGUUUAGUUCCUUUCUUUCUUCCUUUCUUUCUUUUUUUUUAAUUUUUACUCCUCUCUAUCUCGCAAAAAUGGUACUGUGUUCUGUUCCAUGCAGGUGAUGUGUACUGUUGUCUGUCCAUCCUAAGGAGCUACCACACACCCAUGUUGUUCAUUCUUUUCUUUCUCCUUGUCCAUAAUUUUUCUGUUCUCCGGGCAAAGUCUUUGUCACUCGUUCUUAGGUUUCAGUCGUCAGUGUGACCAUUACUUCAUCUUUUGCAUGGGAAGAGGAUGGCAUUUAAGAAAUGCAUGUUUGUAGGCUAUGUGUAUCAAGAAAUGUUGGUAUGUACUGCUAAUUUUACAUACAUAUAUGCAAAGAGUUUGUCUGCACUGUACAGUUUGUGUUUGUUGUACGCACAGAUACAACAUAUUGAAUAAAAUAUUUAUAUAAAGGUGUACUGUAACGUCACUAAGAACCUUAAUGCAAUACGAUGUGCAGUAUAUUACUGCACUCAGCCUUUUUUUAGAUGAUCAAACUGUUGGCUAAUAGUGGACAUUGUGGGUC